CUUGCGAGCGGUCACUUCGAGUGAGACUGAGAGGCGCGCUGCCACUGUUGAUGGUGAUCAAAAGUAAGAUGCUUCGUGUCACAAUGCGCAUUCUAUCCCGGCAGGAUUCGUCAGUUUCUCUGUUCUGCGGGAUAGAAUGCUGAAGCGGGGCGCUCCGGCGCGCGCUCUGUCGGGCGGUAGAGAGUUUUUGGACUAUGCGGGCUUUUGCGACUACGUCCGACCCCUGCAGUUUUCGUCCGUGCGACAAUACAAGGAUUGGGUUCAUACAGACGCGCGACCGCCAACUGUACCAGUGUGUCCACAUAUUAUGUACAAGAAUACCGGCUGGACUUCGUGGACAAAGGCCCUCGGGUAUGAACGCGAGAAGCACUACAACCGGUUUCGGGAAGUACGUGACUUGCAGCGGUCACGGACGAUGACCCGGAGCCGUGGCGCAACGACGAACGGCAUCGCACUGCAGCAAUUUUGCGAUGCGAUCAAAAGCAAAUCCGGCGACUACGACUUCCUGUGGCUGCGUGGCGGCCGACUGGGAUUGCUCUUCCGUCAGCGAGAAGCGGUAGCAGAUAAGUGGUGCGCGAUUCAAGUCAGGACGGCCGAAGUGCGACGCGAAUCAGUCCACAAGAAAAUGGAGUUCCGAUUUCACGAUGUUGGCCUGGCUGGGCGCGGUACCGAAAUCGGAGUCCUCACGGCGUGUGCGAAAGAAGGGAAAAUGCAACUGCAAUCCUACAGCGACAUAGAACGAGAAGCAUCACACCGAACCCGAUUUUACCUCUGGUUGCCCGAGCUGCGCGCGGUCAAUGUAAGUGAAAUGUUAGGCACGCUAGACGAAAUGUGGAGCACACUGCCGCGGUUGCCAAGCGCCCAUUGGAUAAAUCUUUCCCUGCAGAACACGCGACUUCGGCUCUCCGCGGUUUUGUUGUCACAGGUGGUGCAGCAUCUGUACAUUCCGAGCGCCCUGGAGCUACGCUUCGUGUGUCAUCGUGGUGACUUUAAUUCCUACGACGCAAUCGUGGGGUCCGCACGAAUGAUACACCGCACGGCGUGUCUUCUUCCGGGAGAUAGCGGUAAAGUGAAGGUCAAGCUAACCCACCCCGUCACCACGGACGCGAACGUUCUCGAGUCGUUCACCUUAGACAGGAGCGAUCCCUUCGAUUUUCUGACAGUCUUCGUACGGGAAGGAGACCUGCUCGUCGGGCUUUUCCUUCUGCCGAAGAGUGCACUCGAUGCUGCGGGCGUGCUGUCGCGAAGUCGUGCAGGGGGUCAGUCGUGCGUUGUCCUGAGUCCGCCCGGUAGCCGGCCGACUUUGCCCAAAAUCGCCAAGGUUGUCCCGGACGAGGAGAAGUUUUAUAUCGAUGUUGCAACAGAAAACGCAGCUCCAGCACGAAAAGCUGAAGCAGUGAACCAAUUCAAGCGGAUCAUGCAGGAAUUUGGCAGUGAUCUCGCACAAUUGGCAUCCGCCGACUCUAGGGAAGAUAGCAAUCCGGCUUCGACAUUCAUUUCCGAGUGAAAAUUCAACGUCUGAACUUGAUCAAUUACCUCGCCCCAAAAAUGAGGAACGAACGCUGCGCGGAUUUGCAGUGCCGGCUUCCAUUCGGAUUGCGUGAGGCGAUGACUGUAGCACGCCAAGGAUUUAUGUGCUGCGGAGCGGCUUUCCGUGAUUGUGGCGGAAUAGGGAAUGUGACAUUCUACAUACGAGAGCGGGCGUAUCCGUACACACACAUCAAAAAUACUUUCUAAUUCGAUCUAUGCAACAGUAGCAACGUUUGAGAAGUAUCACUGAAACUAAUAGACAACUCAU